CUCUGCUUCGUUUCUAAUCAUGCUCUCUUCUGUCAGCCGUCUUUUCCUCUCACGGAAUCUAUUCGUACUAAGGCAAUCUUCUUCUUGUGUGAUUAUAAUUAGGACAAUCCAUCUCGAAUCCUCAUCUGCUCCCUCGAACCUCGUACCCUCUCGGCUCAUCAGAACCACAUUUUCCCCUUCUUUAGCUGCUUCCUCGGUUGCCCCAACAAGGCUUGUGUUUUCGGCUUUGAGAUCGCUUCACUCCAUGGGCAGUGAACCCAGCAAGGCUGCUUCAAAUUCAAUCUACGACUUCACUGUCAAGGAUGCUAAAGGAAAUGAUGUUAAUCUUAGCACCUACAAGGGAAAGGUCCUGAUGAUUGUCAAUGUUGCAUCAGAAUGUGGCCUGACCAACACAAAUUACACUGAGAUGAACCAGUUAUACCAGAAAUACAAAGACAAAGGUUUUGAGAUUCUUGCAUUUCCUUGCAAUCAGUUUGGCUCACAAGAGCCUGGCACCAAUGAAGAAAUCAUGCAGAGGGCUUGUACUCGCUUCAAAGCUGAAUUUCCUGUUUUUCAAAAGGUUGACGUCAAUGGUGCCAAUACUGCCCCGGUUUACAAGUUCCUGAAGUCAAGCAAAGGCGGCCUUUUUGGUGGUAGCAUCAAGUGGAACUUCACCAAAUUUAUCGUCGACAAGGAUGGAAAUAUCGUUGAACGCUACUCACCCACCACAUCUCCGGCGAGCAUAGAGAAGGACUUGAAGAAACUACUGGGGAUUGCUUGAGACUUAGAGAUGAAUAAGCAGUCCUCAUAUAUGUUGCCCAUUCUCACAUAUGUAUAAGUUUCCCCCCUCCAAUGUGCCCUAACCUGAAAACUGCUUCAUAAAUGUGUCCCUAUAACCUUAUAAAUAAAAGGAAGAAUGACAUUUUUUCCAUGAAUUAAUAACGUUAGACAGUUGGCUUGUUAAUUACAAAGUUCUAAUUUGAACU